AUGAAUGUAAAACCCACCCAGAUGCAGAAUCAGGAGAAAAGGACAACCAGACGAAAAACGCCGAGACUGCAUCGCCGGAAACAGCCGUACUUCAUUCAUACAGGAGCGAAAUAUAGGAAACCCCCCACGCCCACAAAUCCCGCCACCCCCAAUUACCCAAGACCUUCAACCGGAAGUUCCUCACACAGACCCGAGAUAAAGUGCGCCUUUUGUGAUAGUGACCACAAAUCCCAUGAAUGUAAAACCCACCCAGAUGCAGAAUCCCGUCUGAAAAUAGUAAAAGAGAAACACUUGUGUUUUAACUGUUUAGGCACUCACCAAGUAGCUAAAUGCGGUUCAAGGAGACGAUGCCAAUUCUGCCAGCGAAAACACCAUACGGCAAUUUGCAAAUCAGGAGAAAAGGACAACCAGACGAAAAACGCCGAGACUGCAUCGCCGGAAACAGCCGUACUUCAUUCAUGCACGAGCCUUCCAGACAAGGAUGUAUUGUUAAAAACUGCCAUAGCAACCGUAUCGUCUGUGAAAGUACAGACUGAAGCAAACAUCUUAUUCGAUGAGGGUGCCCAGAAGUCGUUCAUUACGGAACAAUUGGCACAGGAACUUGAACUCCCUAUACAAGGCACAGAAACUAUAUACUCAUCGUCGUUCGGGAGCACUAGCAACAAAGCACAGCAAACAGAUGUGGCUAUAGUGAACGUUGUUACAGAUAGAGGCCAGAAGAUCCCGAUACGAGUAUUAAUAGUACCUACCAUUUCAACGCCCCUCAACCAGAGAUACCAACAAUCAGUGUCCGAUUUACCGUAUCUACAAGGUCUUAAACUCGCCCAUCCAGUUACAGGAAACUCCAUAUUUACAAUUUCGAUGCUGAUAGGUGCAGACUUUUACUGGGAUAUCGUUGAAGAUCACAUAGUACGUGGAAAUGGACCCACCGCUGUGAGAUCAAAGAUCGGCUACCUGUUAUCGGGACCUUUCCAAGCACAAAACAACCGAGCUACAGAUCACGUGUUCAAUGUAAUGGCGUCGCCUAUGACAACGGACGUAUUAGAACGUUUUUGGAAUCUGGAGAGUAUGGGAGUUACUCAGAGCGACGAGAAUAUAGACAAGACACGCUAUUUCAAGGAUUACCAGACUUCAUCCAUAGAAUACGAGAACGGACGGUACACUGCCAAAUUACCUUGGAAACUAGACCACUUGCCCCUCCCUAGUAACUACGACAUAGUGAAAGCAAGAACCGAGAGUACUCUGAGAAGACUACGUAGAGAGCCCCAUCUACUCCAGAAAUAUGACGAAAUCAUUGCUGAACAGGAACGACGUGGUUUUAUUGAGAGAAUUAAUAACGAUACCCCACCCACAGGACAACUCCACUACAUUCCCCACCACCCAGUGAAAAAGGAUUCAGCGACCACGCCCAUUCGGAUAGUAUAUGAUUGCAGCUGCCGCACAUCUACCCAGUUCCCAUGCUUGAAUGAUUGUUUAGAGUCGACCCCACCCAUGUUGAAUGACCUUACCACCAUACUAGUGAAAUUCCGUCUCCAUGGUUACGCCAUCACAACAGACAUUGAGAAAGCCUUCCUUCAUGUCGGAUUAAAUGAAGGAGACCGAGACGCUACCAGAUUUCUAUGGACAAGCGAUACUUCUAAUCCCAACAGCCCAUUACAAACUUACCGUUUCAAGUCCGUGUUAUUUGGUGCCACCUGCUCGCCAUUCAUGCUUAGUGCGACCAUUUUGAAACAUCUUGAAAUAAACAAGCACGUGCCCGCAGCCAAGGUCAUCGAGAAAGAUAUAUACGUGGACAAUAUACUUUCAAGCUUCGAGAAAGAGUCAGAUCUACUAACCUACUUCACAGAGUCGCGACGUUUCAUUGAGAAAUAUUUGGAGAAAAUCGAACAAUCUAAGGAGAACGAUUCAUUGACCGAUUUUCACGCUAUUCUCAAAGCUAUCGAAGCGAAAGUCACGAUUCUAGAGACACUGAAUGAGAAAAUACUAUCACAGACGGAGAUAGAUGGAUUGGAAGAAGAAAUUUUUCAAACAGACACGUAUUCAGCGGAACUGGAUAUCCAGCUGUGUCGCUUACGAGCUUUCCGAGAUCAACAGGAAAAGAGAGCAGCCCCGCAUACUACCGACCUACCACGAGAUGACCAGAGAAAUUCAUGUAAUCAGCAGAGCAACAACAAUGGUUUGAACCCGGACGCUUCUUCUUUCUUUUCCAACAGAACUGUGUUUCUCAAUGAUGACUUUGCAGUUGAAGAUAUGUUCCAGUGUGGUCUGCCCAGCUCUGAAUCUAGUCUACUCUUCUGCCAGCAGUUCCUCGGUCUUACUUUUCCAUCGGUUGAAGAUGAUUAG